ACGUGAUCGACGUGUUGGAGUUUGUUGACAAUUUCUGUUUAAAAACAGUAAACUGCGCAAAACUUUUCGCAAAUAUUUCGGAAAAUUUUCCAAAUUGAUGAGAGAAAGUUAAGCAGCCGACCGUGCAGUAUUGAAAUUUUAUAUUUCCGGCGGCCGAUCGAGAUGAGCGAGGCAAAAACCGUGGCCAGGAAGCCGAAGGGCCGCGAUGAGAAAAAUCUCGAACCAACAAGGCGGAACUUGAACAAGUCGGACGAGGCGGCGUCCUCUAUGUCCGAGACGGAACAGUUUCGUCCGGCGUCCGAAGGCCAGAGGGCCAUCUCACCUUCCUCGGUGUCCAGCGCCGCGUCCAUGAGGCCUCUCGAGUGGGACUCGGGAGCUGACGUCGGCUACCUGCUGCAGAACGAGGAGAGGCAACUGGCCAAUGCCAUCAAGAAAUUGGGCCUUGGACUGGCGAGCAGUGGGCCUCCCAGCAAAUCUGAGGAAGCUCACAAGGAGGCCCUUUUUGCGAAUCAAAAGUCGACCAUUGACAGUCUGCGAGAGGACGAGGUGGCCUCAGUGCCUCUUUUGGAGUCUACCCCCAAGGUUGGAGGCCUUCAGGUGGGCAGUCUGGCCGGCAGCAGACAAACCCUGCCCAAGACGGCGUCCUCGUCCUCGGUGGCCACCGUCGUGUCCAAGGAGGAGCGGCCCGACGCCCGCAGCACAGACCUGAUCAGCGACCUGACCAAAGGGCUGCACCUGGUCAAGUCUCUGAUCGCAGAUGCCAAAGGGGACAAGGAGAAGCAGGGCAAGUUGCUGGCCCACGUGGUCAAGCAGCUCAAGACAGUGGAGGAGGGACGGCACCAUCGGAGGCGCAGCAAGGCCAAGCUCUCCGAAAGCACCCAGACCAGCACGGCCGGCAGCUCCUCCAGCAGCAACUCGAGCAAUGUGGUGGAAAUGCUCAAAAACUCUUAUCGAAGCCAAAAGUUGUCUGCCUCAGGAGAUUCCUCAGCCACCCUGUCCACUGCCCAGUCUGACGUUGACGAGGCCUGUCAACGGCUUCUUUCCUCCAUGUCCAACCCAGACAACGACCGGCUUCUUGCUUUUGCAAAUAGUGAGGAGAGACUUGCCAAAUUCCCCCCUGACCCAAAAUUAGAGAAAGUUCUUGGAUUCGACGACAACCAUUUUGCUGCUUUCAUGCAGGAGUACAUCAACAGGGAGUGCCAAAGACAGGCUUGCUGGAGGAGUGACGUCCUCAACCUCAUGUCAAAAAGGGCUGAGAUUGUGAAGGACAAGAAGAAGCAGGACGAAGGCAAAUCGAGAGAUUCCUCCUCUUCCACCACUAGUUUGACCAGCACUGUGUCUGACAAAAUAGAAAAGGAGCCUUCCAACCUCUUCCAGUUCACCAUGGCACCCUCUGGCAAACCCAAGAAAGUAGACUUGGAGCCAAAAGCCAAAAUAUUCCAACACACUAUUGCCCCGUCUUCUCAAGACAUAGCCAGGGCUAAAGUCGGCAUUGCACCACCCAGACCCAGUUCUUCCAAAGCCAGUUCCAACUUAGAAACUGUGCCCAAGACUCUUGAUGACUUUCUCUCGGACCCAAACAAAUUGACCCUCUUCAAACCAGCAGUCGUCGAGAAGGCUAAGAAAAAGGCGAGGAGCCCUGCCUCAAAAAGCACCAAAGACCCUCCAAUAAGAGACUGGGAUUUGCCUUUGCAGGAAUUGUUGAAGAAAAGGAGACCAAACUUCAUCAAGAGGGCUGAGAACCGGCGGAAGUGCUUGGCUCUUUUGGGUGAGAGGCGCCAGCAGAGGGGAAAUGUGAGGCGCCAGUGUUUGAAGGAGCAGGUGGACAAGUACAGCGGUUCAUUGCCAGAGAACAUCAAACUGGAGCCUUUGCCACCUCCACCAUUGGCUGAAAUGAGGCUUUUCUCUCAGCAAAAGCUUCGGGAACAUACUGCCAAAGUGUGUCGCAAGUUGGAGGAAAACAGGAAAAAGGAGGAGGCCAAAAAAUUGGAGGAAGAGCACAAGAUGAACAGACUGAUGGCUCAGAUUUUCAAAAGGAAACUUCAAAAUCGAGUGCUGCACCACAAAGUGGACUUGUCGAAUUCAAUGAGUGUCAUUACAUCAGAAGACUGAACCCUGAUUUGACUUAGAAGCCAAAUUAUGGCUUGUUUGUUUUAUUUCUAAAGGACUAUCUAGAUUGUAUUGUUUAAAAUAUCUUACCAAUAUGAAAUAAAAAAUAAAUUUAUUUAUGCAAAACUAAA